AUUUGAAACUUGAAACCCAUUAGUUUUAUUUUUCAAGGUUUCUUUCUUUGGCUGGUUAGUUAUUGCCACUCGGACUGUAUAUUGCUAUAUAAGUAGCAAGAUGCAAUAAGUUUCAAGCCACUGCAAUCAAUACCUACACAACAAGCUUAGUAAUAUACAAGGAAAGAGCAAGAGUUGUUUUGCCCUAAUGGGGAGACUUGUGUAUGUUGCUUUUCCACUAAUAAUAUCUUUUGCAGUAUUCAGUUUGUGUCAAGGAGUGGCGGCAGCAGCAGCACCUCCACAUCCAAACUUGCAGUGGCAUUACUAUGAGUUCAACACUACAUGCCGCUACGCAGAGGAGUAUGUCCGGCACCAAGUGAAGCUGAUAUAUGAUCAUGACAAAAGUAUUACUGCUAAGCUACUACGCUUGGUUUACUCCGACUGUUUCGUCACUGGCUGUGAUGCUUCAAUACUGCUUGACGAAGGACCAAAUCCAGAAAAAAGAGCACCACAGAACCGGGGGCUUGGAGGAUUUGUAUUAAUUGACAAGAUCAAAACCGUUCUGGAAUCACGAUGCCCUGGGAUUGUCUCCUGCGCUGAUAUACUCCAUCUCGCCGCCAGAGAUGCUGUUAAAAUGGCAGGUGCACCAGGUUAUCCAGUUUUCACAGGAAGAAAGGAUGGCAUGAAAUCAGAUGCUGCAUCAGUAGACCUGCCAUCACCAUCCAUCUCAUGGCAGGAUGCUCUAACAUACUUCAAAUCAAGGGACUUGGAUGUAAUAGAUUUGACAACACUCUUAGGGGCACACACAUUGGGCCAAACACAUUGUAGCCACAUUGUCGAUAGGCUGUAUAAUCACAGUGGUACUGGAAACUCAGACCCAAGCAUGGAUGCUACUUUUCGAGACUAUAUGCGAAAACUUUGUCCCCCGAAAACAAAGAAAGGACAACAUGACCCACUGGUAUUCCUAAACCCAGAAUCUGGUUCAGAUUACACCUUCAGAGAAUCAUACUACAAUAGGAUCCUGCGCGACGAAGCUGUCCUGGAAAUUGAUCAACAACUACUAAAUGGUGACGAUACUAAAGAGAUCAUUGGAGAAUUUGCUGAUGGAUUCGAAGAUUUUAGGAGAACUUUUGCAGAAUCCAUGUACAAAAUGGGAAAUAUCAAUAUUUUAACCGGAAAUCAAGGACAGAUACGCCAAAAUUGUCGAUUCACAAAUAAGGGAAACCCAAAUUAGCACCAAGAGAAAUUGAACGUUUAGUGUGGAUUCAGAUAUGCCCUGUUUAAACUUAAUUGUCUGUGUUCUGAAGGUAAUGAAUAAUACAUGAAAAGGGAUAAGAAUUGCACCCUCCUUUGUCCUUUGUAAGAUACUAUUUAAGAAGUUACAAAAAAAAUUGCUGUGGUAUGUAUAAACCAUUAUAUCAUAUUAUAUAUCAUUUCUUCUGCAAACUCAAA